CCCACCAAGACUAGAUUCUUCUUCUUCGCCAUGGCCCCGUCCCCUUCCGCCUCCGCCGCCGACCAAGAUUCCCCCUCCGCCGCCGACGGCAAAAUCCUCACAUCUACCGCGGCCGCAGAGAGCAGCAGCAGAGGGGAUCAGGACGACGACGAUGAGCGGUGGCUCGCGGCCCUCUCCGAACCCGAGCUCGAUUUUCUCAUCUGCUUGAAGAAGCUGGCCGCUACGCGCGCCAAGACCGCCGGCCAUCCCCACCUCGCCGACCAAUUCGAUCUGCGGACGCUGCGGGCUCUCGGUACUCCACCGCACCUCCUCAUCUGGGUUGUUUUACUGGGAGGUUUAAAAGAACGACUAAAAGAAACCUCGUUGGAUCCAAACAUUCUCGAUAGGCUUGCACUAUCAAGAGAUACUGAUGCAGAUUUCAGUGUCGGUGGUAGUGGUUUGGAGGUGUUCAGGCCCAGCAAAGAUCAACCAUCACAAAAUGGUGGCAAGAAAAAACGAAAUCAGAAUGAGUGCCAUGAAGGGGACGUCCAAAGUAAUAAGAAAAGGAAAAUGAGCAAGAAGGUAGCAGCGAGCAUAGAUUGCCACGGUCUUCUCACUUCUAGUGAUCUAGUACAAACACCCAAGGCUGCUAAAGAGGAAGAUCAUUGAAGCUGCUGCCGCGGGUAUAAAUUUCGCGAAGCCUUUAGUUGUUGCAGUCUACCUAUCUGGCUUCUUGGUCUGGAGUAGCAAGCGGUGAAGAACUCAAAUUAGGCAAAAGUUUAUUUCAGGGAUGCAACCAAGUUUCCCAAAAUGUGAUGAAAUUAUUUUGUAGCCUGCAUCAAGUGCAAGCACUCUUCUUUGUACCCACUCCAUUGUUUGCUGUUCUGGUUGUGCGUUGCUCAUUUUAAAUUUUUGGCGCUUAUUCCUCGGAGGCCAUUGUUAGCUUUGUAGCAGGAAUAGGCUGCUGAGAGCAUGAGACAGUACUUUUCAGAAAGUGCUAUCUGCAUACACCGUCAUUCGGAAAAAGAGAGUUUAAAAGGCAAUUACAAAAAUCAUCGUCUUAUAUUA